UUCAUUAUUCGCAAUGACUUCUUUUGCAACUUGCUCUGGCCUGGAUCAGGAUCCGCCGCUUCUCCUUCCUGCCCCUUCUACUUCUGUCGCAUUCGCUCACUUCAGUGCAGUUUGGGCUUGGGUUGCACCAAUGGUCUUUGAGAGCUGACAAGCGCAAACUAAUGGAAAAGCAAACCGGCUGAUCGACGGUGUGUCACUGAUAUUUGCCAUUGCCCUUGACUGUCAUUGUGCUGCUGUGUAGAGAGGCAAAGGCUGCUGAUUCCUACAGCAGGAUCAAGCCAAGACACCAAGGGCAUCUUUAACCAUUCCGCUCCACUUCAGACUGUUCUUGCAGGCCUGUUCAACCAAGAUAUCCAGACAUCGUAGCGCACUCCCUCAAAGUCUGGGCGAAUCUCAACCAUUCCCAGAGAUAAUCUGUAUUUUUCAGAAGUUGGUCGAAAGGCCGCUGAAGAGCCAAUCCAGGUGUAACAAUUCCAGGAGGCCCUGUCCGUUGUGAGCGACGACCAGUCCUUGUUUGACACCACGUACGUCGCUGCACAGCUUCCCAAAACGGAUAUGACGGCUUCAGCUGCAGCCGACUAUGGACAAACGCACAAAAUUAACCCUUUGCCUCAACAAGAAUGGAUCAAUCAACCUGUCAGGACAAAUAUCAAGAGAGAAUAUGACCACAUUAACGGCUCCAGGGAUUCACCCGUGGACUGCAGCGUUGCAAAAUGUAACAAGCUGGUGGGCGCCACUGACACCAACUCCAUGAGUUACAGCAGUUACAUGGAUGAGAAGGACGGCCUCCCUCCCCCUAACAUGACCACCAACGAGAGGAGAGUGAUCGUUCCGGCAGAUCCCACUCUUUGGAGUCAGGAGCAUGUCAGGCAGUGGUUGGAGUGGGCCAUCAAGGAAUACGGGCUGCUGGAGGUUGACACCAGCCUCUUUCACAACACGGACGGCAAGGAACUCUGUAAAAUGAACAAGGAGGACUUCCUCCGCCUGACCUCUCUCUACAACGCCGAGGUCCUGCUCUCACAUCUCAAUUACCUCAGGGAAAGUAGUUCUCCACUAAGCUAUUCCACGUCAUCUCAUUCUGACCAGUCAACACGUCUCCCAGCCAAAGAAGAUCCGUUGUAUGAUACUGUCAGGAGAUCUGGAUGGGGUAAUAAUAUGAACAAUGUGACAAAAACUUCCCCUGGAGCAACGCAGAAUGUGAAUAAAAGUACAGAACAGCCACGCCCCCAACCAGAUCCUUAUCAAAUUCUAGGACCCACCAGCAGCCGGUUAGCCAAUCCAGGAAGUGGGCAAAUACAGCUUUGGCAGUUCCUUCUUGAGCUGCUGUCUGACAGUUCUAAUGCCAGUUGCAUCACCUGGGAAGGAACCAAUGGUGAGUUUAAAAUGACAGACCCAGAUGAAGUGGCUCGACGAUGGGGAGAGAGGAAAAGCAAACCCAACAUGAACUACGACAAGCUGAGCAGAGCUCUGCGCUAUUAUUACGACAAAAACAUCAUGACCAAGGUUCAUGGCAAACGCUAUGCAUACAAGUUUGACUUUCACGGCAUUGCACAGGCUCUCCAACCACAUCCAACGGAGUCCUCUAUGUAUAAGUAUCCCUCCGAUCUUACCUACAUGCCCUCUUACCAUGCGCAUCAGCAGAAGAUGAACUUUGUAUCUCCUCACCCCACCUCUAUGCCAGUCACAUCCUCCAGCUUCUUUGGAGCAACCUCGCCAUACUGGAGUUCUCCGACAGCGGGCAUUUACCCCAAUCCAAAUGUACCCCGUCAUCCUAACACGCAUGUUCCCUCUCAUUUGGGCAGCUAUUACUAACAAUGACCCUUGUUCUUUCUGCUUGCCAACCUAUGUAGAUCCAUACCCAAUUUUGGAACUCUAGGGACUCAGGAACUUUACCUGGCUGUGGAACAUUAAUGAAUGCUAGGCCUGUUGCCAAACUGGAUUUCUGUCUAUACCUGCAUCAUUGGCUUGUGAUGGGAUUGUUACCAUCACAAAAGUCUCCAAUUGUUAAUUUGUUGUCUAAAAGUGAACAUUGAUAUGUUGUGAAACUUUUACACAUUUGUGAGUAAAAAAAAACAUUCUGGUCAUAAUAAGUCAUCCUCCAAGAUGCAAGAACAAGCUUUGGACACGUGCACCAAUUAAGGGCUUCUUAUCAACUGUUGACCUUGGCGAAUCAAAGAUGUUGUUUCUUCAAUCAAUUAGCAAUGCUGGAUUAUUAACCAGUCCUACAAUGUAACCACAGUCAUAAAUAACCAUGGAUCUGCCAACAUAUUCCAAGUUGGAUGACCAGCAGCAUAUAUUUGCCAGUUGCAGGGACUGUCGGAUCUGGAUAUUCCACAGCUCUUCAUUUCACUGAUGAAGCUUUGUUCUAGUAAGGACCUCUAUUGAAUGGAGACACUUUAUCAGUGGAAUGAACUGUAAGUGAUGCAUUUGUGGGGACCUCAAACAUGCAGGACAAUGCUAAUAAGUGAGGAAUAUUGCUUCAAAGAGCUGUGUUUUGUCCUUAGGAAUACAGAAGCUAAUUAGAUUACACAGGAUACACAAACGCUGUGCGUUUGUAAGAGUUCAAUGUUGGAUCAACCAUGCAUCCUCGUAUAAAGCAAGUUACUGUAUAAAUUAUGCAGAUGAUGACAAUUCCUUUAUGUUACAGUAUUACACGAGUUGACCUCGGUCACAGAUGCAGUUUUACUAUCAAGUUCAUUUUGAUGAAAUGUAGUCAUUUUGUAGCCUGUAGAUCUUUUUAUCUGUACAUAUGGGCUCUGCCUUUUUACUGAGUAAAGGGACACAUAGGGUAGAAAUUGUUGAGAGAACUUUAUUCUUAUAAAGUGUUGCUAAUGACAGAAGCACUGAUAUAGCUAUUUUCUAUAACUUGUGAAUAGCUGGAAGCAAUGUAUUCCUUAGUUCUUAGUGCUUUUGAACUUUUUAUGUAGCAUUUUAAAUAAUCACUGACACUAUUUUCCCAUUAAAAUGGGGCAUCGCCUACUAUAUAUGCAAUUAGUUCUUCAUGAUAAUUAUGUACCUUUGCAAAUAAUCCUUUGCAGCAUAUCGUAUUAAACCAAAACACUUAUACAAGGGCAACUUCUGAUGUAAAACCAACUGCCAUGAACUAUUGCCUUAGCCAGCUGGUUGUUAUUACACACAUGUAUUUUUAUGUGAAGAGAACUGUGUACUAUUGAUUUGGCAGCAUGUAUGACAGUUUCUUACACUAUGCAAAAUGUUCAAUAAACAAUGGCAUUAGGGAGUGCCU